CCAACCUUCCCGAAACUAUCGAUAAAGCCAAUAGUCGCUUCUGUUCAUUGCACAGUAUAGUGCAUCACCUUCUAUCGAACACUUAUUCUAGUCGAGUGAAAUGAACCCUUUCCAGAUGAGGUUCUCAGCUAUCGUUAUGUUACUAUCCGUAUCGAUAGUUCUCUGCGAUAACGAAUGCUCCAACAAUAGCCGAUCUCAAGCUCAAAUGGUGGCAUAUUCGAAAAAUUGCGAGAAAUACAUCGUUUGUGUAGGAAACAUCAGAAUUUUAAGAUCUUGUCCAAGAUCCACUGCAUGGGACCCUACGAAGAAAAUUUGUACUUCAAGUGCAGUCGCAGUGAGAUGUAGGAAGAAACGAAAAAUGGCAAUAGAUAACUUCCGUUCAAAUAACGUAAUCUUACACCCAGAAGAGGAGCCUUCGAUUUCCUGCACCGAUAGCACAGAUAGUUCGUGUCCAGCAGUUUUCGAUCCAACUCAUCUUGUUUUAAGACCACACUAUAACUGUGAAAAGUACUAUCUUUGCAUAUCUUUUCUUCCUGUGGUAUUGUCGUGUCCAAGGAAUUUGCACUUCAAUCAGCAGUCCUGUGAAUGUGACCUUCCGAGUGAUGCACAGUGCGUAUCAACAUCAACGGUUUCUCCGUCCACUGACGAGGUAACAACUUCAACGAAAGAAGAUACUACUACAGUAACGGAUUCUCCGUCUACUGUAACGCAGGAGGUUACAACAGAAGAGCAGCUUACUACAGUAACGGACUCUCCGUCUACUGUAACGCAGGAGGUUACAACAGAAAAGCAGCCUACUACAGUAACGGACUCCCCAUCUACUGUAACGCAAGAGAUUACAACAGAAGAGCAGCCCACUACAGCAACGCACUCCCCAUCAACUGUAACGCAGGAAAUUACAACAGAAGAGCAGCCUACUACAGUAACGGACUCUCUGUCUACUGUAACGCAGGAGGUUACAACAGAAGAGCAGCCUACUACAGUAACCGACUCUCAAUCAACUGUAACGCAAGAGAUUACAACAGAAGAGCGGCCUACUACAGUAACGGACUCCCCAUCUACUAUAACGCAAGAGAUUACAACAGAAAACCAGUCUACUACAGCAACGCACUCCCCAUCUACUGUAACGCAGGAUAUUACAACAGAAGAGCAGCCUACUACAGUAACGGACUCUCCAUCUACUGUAACGCAAGAGAUAACAACAGAAGAGCAGUCUACUACAGUAACGGACUCUCUGUCUACUGUAACGCAGGAGGUUACAACAGAAGAGCAGCCUACUACAGUAACGGACUCCCCAUCUACUGUAACGCAGGAGGUUACAACAGAAGAGCAGCCUACUAAAGUAACGGACUCCCCAUCUACUGUAACGCAAGAGAUUACAACAGAAGAGCAGCCUACUACAGUAACGGACUCUCCGUCUACUGUAACGCAGGAGGUUACAACAGAAGAGCAGCCUACUACAGUAACGGACUCCCCAUCUACUGUAACACAAGAGAUUACAACAGAAGAGCAGCCUACUACAGUAACGGACUCUCCAUCUACUGUAACGCAAAAAAUAACAACAGAAGAGCAGUCUACUACAGCAACCGACGCUCAAUCAACUGUAACGCAAGAGAUUACAACAGAAGAGCAGCCUACUACAGUAACGGAUUCCCCAUCUACUGUCACGCAAGAAAUAACAACAGAAGAGCAGCCUACUACAGUAACGGACUCUCCAUCUACUGUAACGCAAGAGAUUACAACAGAAGAGCAGCCUACUACAGUAACGGACUCUCCGUCUACUGUAACGCAGGAGAUUACAACAGAAGAGCAGCCUACUACAGUAACGGACUCCCCAUCUACUGUAACGCAAGAGAUUACAACAGAAGAGCAGCCUACUACAAUAACGGACUCUCCAUCUACUGUAACGCAGGAGGUAACAACAGAAGAGCAGCCUACUACAGUAACGGACUCCCCAUCUACUGUAACGCAAGAGAUUACAACAGAAGAGCAGCCUACUACAGUAACGGACUCCUCAUCAACUGUAACGCAGGAGAUUACAACAGAAGAGCAGUCUACUACAGCAACGGACUCCCCAUCUACUGUAACGCAAGAGGUAACAACAGAAGAGCAGCCUACUACAAUAACGGACUCUCCAUCUACUGCAACGCAAGAGAUUACAACAGAAGAGCAGUCUACUACAGCAACGGACUCCCCAUCUACUGUAACGCAAGAGAUUACAACAGAAGAGCAGCCUACUACAGUAACGGACUCUCCGUCUACUUUAACGCAGGAGGUUACAACAGAAGAGCAGCCUACUACAGUAACGGACUCUCCAUCUACUGUAACGCAAGAGAUUACAACAGAAGAGCAGCCUACUACAGUAACGGACUCUCCGUCUACUGUAACGCAGGAGAUUACAACAGAAGAGCAGCCUACUACAGUAACGGACUCCCCAUCUACUGUAACGCAAGAUAUUACAACAGAAGAGCAGCCUACUACAGUAACGGACUCCCCAUCUACUGUAACGCAAGAGAUUACAACAGAAGAGCAGCCUACUACAAUAACGGACUCUCCAUCUACUGUAACGCAGGAGGUUACAACAGAAGAGAAGCCUACUACAGUAACGGACUCCCCAUCUACUGUAACGCAAGAGAUUACAACAGAAGAGCAGCCUACUACAGUAACGGACUCCUCAUCAACUGUAACGCAGGAGAUUACAACAGAAGAGCAGUCUACUACAGCAACGGACUCCCCAUCUACUGUAACGCAAGAGGUAACAACAGAAGAGCAGCCUACUACAAUAACGGACUCUCCAUCUACUGCAACGCAAGAGAUUACAACAGAAGAGCAGUCUACUACAGCAACGGACUCCCCAUCUACUGUAACGCAAGAGAUUACAACAGAAGAGCAGCCUACUACAGUAACGGACUCUCCGUCUACUGUAACGCAGGAGAUUACAACAGAAGAGCAGCCUACUACAGUAACGGACUCCCCAUCAACUGUAACGCAGGAAAUUACAACAGGAGAGCAGCCUACUACAGUAACGGACUCUCCAUCUACUGUAACGCAAGAGAUUACAACAGAGGAGCAGCCUACUACAGCAACCGACUCUCAAUCAACUGUAACGCAAGAGAUUACAACAGAAGAGCAGCCAACUACAGUAACGGACUCCCCAUCUACUGUAACGCAAGAGAUUACAACAGAAGAGCAGCCUACUACAAUAACGGACUCUCCAUCUACUGUAACGCAGGAGGUUACAACAGAAGAGAAGCCUACUACAGUAACGGACUCCCCAUCUACUGUAACGCAAGAGAUUACAACAGAAGAGCAGCCUACUACAGUAACGGACUCCUCAUCAACUGUAACGCAGGAGAUUACAAUAGAAGAGCAGUCUACUACAGCAACGGACUCCCCAUCUACUGUAACGCAAGAGGUAACAACAGAAGAGCAGCCUACUACAAUAACGGACUCUCCAUCUACUGCAACGCAAGAGAUUACAACAGAAGAGCAGUCUACUACAGCAACGGACUCCCCAUCUACUGUAACGCAAGAGAUUACAACAGAAGAGCAGCCUACUACAGUAACGGACUCUCCGUCUACUUUAACGCAGGAGGUUACAACAGAAGAGCAGCCUACUACAGUAACGGACUCCCCAUCUACUGUAACGCAAGAGAUUACAACAGAAGAGCAGUCUACUACAGUAACGGACUCUCCAUCUACUGUAACGCAAGAGAUUACAACAGAAGAGCAGCCUACUACAGUAACGGACUCUCCGUCUACUUUAACGCAGGAGGUUACAACAGAAGAGCAGCCUACUACAGUAACCGACUCUCCGUCUACUGCAACGCAGGAGGUUACAACAGAAGAGAAGCCUACUACAGUAACGGACUCCCCAUCUACUGUAACGCAAGAGAUUACAACAGAAGAGCAGCCUACUACAGUAACGGACUCUCCAUCUACUGGAACGCAAGAGAUUACAACAGAAGAGCAGCCUACUACAGUAACGGACUCUCCAUCUACUGUAACGCAAGAGAUUACAACAGAAGAGCAGCCUACUACAGUAACGGACUCUCCGUCUACUGAAACGCAGGAGGUAACAACAGAAGAGCAGCCUACUACAGUAACGGACUCCCCAUCUACUGUAACGCAUGAGAUUACAACAGAAGAGCAGCCUACUACAGUAACGGACUCUCCAUCUACUGAAACGCAGGAGGUAACAACAGAAGAGCAGCCUACUACAGUAACAGACUCCCCAUCUACUGUAACGCAAGAGAUUACAACAGAUGAGCAGCCUACUACAGCAACGGAUUCCCUAUCUACUGUAACGCAAGAGAUAACAACAGAAGAGCAGCCUCCUACAGUAACCGACUCUCCGUCUACUGUAACGCAGGACGUUACAACAGAAGAGCAGCCUACUACCGUAACGGACUCCCCAUCUACUGUAACGCAAGAGAUUACAACAGAAGAGCAGCCUACUACAGUAACGGACUCUCCGUCUACUAUAACGCAAGAGAUUACAACAGAAGAGCAGCCUACUACAGUAACGGACUCUCCAUCUACUGUAACGCAGGAGAUUACAACAGAAGAGCAGCCUACUACAGUAACGGACUCUCCAUCUACUGUAACGCAAGAGAUUACAACAGAAGAGCAGCCUACUACAGUAACGGACUCCCCAUCUACUGUAACACAAGAGAUUACAACAGAAGAGAAGCCUACUACAGUAACGGACUCUCCAUCUACUGUAACGCAAGAGAUAACAACAGAGGAGCAGUCUACUACAGCAACCGACUCUCAAUCAACUGUAACGCAAGAGAUUACAACAGAAGAGCAGCCUACUACAGCAACGGACUCCCCAUCUACUGUAACGCAAGAGGUAACAACAGAAGAGCAGCCUACUACAAUAACGGACUCUCCAUCUACUGCAACGCAAGAGAUUACAACAGAAGAGCAGUCUACUACAGCAACGGACUCCCCUUCUACUGUAACGCAAGAGAUUACAACAGAAGAGCAGCCUACUACAGUAACGGACUCUCCGUCUACUUUAACGCAGGAGGUUACAACAGAAGAGCAGCCUACUACAGUAACGGACUCCCCAUCUACUGUAACGCAAGAGAUUACAACAGAAGAGCAGCCUACUACAGUAACGGACUCUCCAUCUACUGUAACGCAGGACGUUACAACAGAAGAGCAUCCUACUACAGUAACGGACUCUUCAUCUACUGUAACGCAAGAGAUUACAACAGAACAGCAGUCUACUACAGUAACCGACUCUCCGUCUACUGUAACGCAGGAGGUUACAACAGAAGAGAAGCCUACUACAGUAACGGACUCCCCAUCUACUGUAACGCAAGAGAUUACAACAGAAGAGCAGCCUACUACAGUAACGGACUCUCCAUCUACUGUAACGCAAGAGAUUACAACAGAAGAGCAGCCUACUACUGUAACGGACUCUCCGUCUACUGAAACGCAGGAGGUUACAACAGAAGAGCAGCCUACUACAGUAACGGACUCCCCAUCUACUGUAACGCAAGAGAUUACAACAGAUGAGCAGCCUACUACAGCAACGGAUUCCCUAUCUACUGUAACGCAAGAGAUAACAACAGAAGAGCAGCCUCCUACAGUAACCGACUCUCCGUCUACUGUAACGCAGGACGUUACAACAGAAGAGCAGCCUACUACAGUAACGGACUCCCCAUCUACUGUAACGCAAGAGAUUACAACAGAAGAGCAGCCUACUACAGUAACGGACUCCCCAUCUACUGUAACGCAAGAGAUUACAACAGAUGAGCAGCCUACUACAGCAACGGAUUCCCUAUCUACUGUAACGCAAGAGAUAACAACAGAAGAGCAGCCUCCUACAGUAACCGACUCUCCGUCUACUGUAACGCAGGACGUUACAACAGAAGAGCAGCCUACUACAGUAACGGACUCUCCAUCUACUGUAACGCAAGAGAUUACAACAGAAGAGCAGCCUACUACAGUAACGGACUCUCCGUCUACUAUAACGCAAGAGAUUACAACAGAAGAGCAGCCUACUACAGUAACGGAUUCCCCAUCUACUGUCACGCAAGAAAUAACAACAGAAGAGCAGCCUACUACAGUAACGGACUCUCCAUCUACUGUAACGCAAGAGAUUACAACAGAAGAGCAGCCUACUACAGUAACGGACUCUCCGUCUACUGUAACGCAGGAGAUUACAACAGAAGAGCAGCCUACUACAGUAACGGACUCUCCAUCUACUGUAACGCAAGAGAUUACAACAGAAGAGCAGCCUACUACAGUAACGGACUCCCCAUCAACUGUAACGCAAGAGAUAACAACAGAAGAGCAGCCUACUACAGUAACGGACUCUCCAUCUACUGGAACGCAAGAGAUUACAACAGAAGAGCAGCCUACUACAGUAACGGACUCUCCAUCUACUGUAACGCAGGAGAUUACAACAGAAGAGCAGCCUACUACAGUAACGGACUCCCCAUCUACUGUAACGCAAGAGAUUACAACAGAAGAGCAGCCUACUACAGUAACGGACUCUCCAUCUACUGUAACGCAAGAGAUUACAACAGAAGAGCAUCCUACUACAGUAACGGACUCUUCAUCUACUGUAACGCAAGAGAUUACAACAGAACAGCAGUCUACUACAGUAACGGACUCUCCGUCUACUGUAACGCAGGAGGUUACAACAGAAGAGAAGCCUACUACAGUAACGGACUCCCCAUCUACUGUAACGCAUGAGACUACAAGAGAAGAGCAGCCUACUACAGUAACGGACUCUCCAUCUACUGAAACGCAGGAGGUAACAACAGAAGAGCAGCCUACUACAGUAACGGACUCCCCAUCAACUGUAACGCAAGAGAUAACAACAGAAGAGCAGCCUACUACAGUAACGGACUCCCCAUCUACUGGAACGCAAGAGAUUACAACAGAAGAGCAGCCUACUACAGUAACGGACUCUCCAUCUACUGUAACGCAAGAGAUUACAACAGAAGAGCAGCCUACUACAGUAACGGACUCUCCAUCUACUGGAACGCAAGAGAUUACAACAGAAGAGCAGCCUACUACAGUAACGGACUCUCCAUCUACUGAAACGCAGGAGGUAACAACAGAAGAGCAGCCUACUACAGUAACGGACUCUCCAUCAACUGUAACGCAAGAGAUAACAACAGAAGAGCAGCCUACUACAGUAACGGACUCUUCAUCUACUGUAACGCAAGAGAUUACAACAGAACAGCAGUCUACUACAGUAACGGACUCUCCAUCUACUGUAACGCAAGAGAUUACAACAGAAGAGCAGCCUACUACAGUAACGGACUCUCCAUCUACUGAAACGCAGGAGGUUACAACAGAAGAGCAGCCUACUACAGUAACGAACUCUCCAUCUACUGAAACGCAGGAGGUUACAACAGAAGAGCAGCCUACAACAGUAACGGACUCCCCAUCAACUGUAACGCAAGAGAUUACAACAGAACAGCAGUCUACUACAGUAACGGACUCUCCAUCUACUGUAACGCAAGAGAUUACAACAGAAGAGCAGCCUACUACAGUAACGGACUCUCCAUCUACUGAAACGCAGGAGGUUACAACAGAAGAGCAGCCUACUACAGUAACGGACUCUCCAUCUACUGUAACGCAAGAGAUUACAACAGAAGAGCAGCCUACUACAGUAACGGACUCUCCAUCUACUGAAACGCAGGAGGUUACAACAGAAGAGCAGCCUACUACAGUAACGGACUCUCCAUCUACUGUAACGCAAGAGAUUACAACAGAAGAGCAGCCUACUACAGUAACGGACUCCCCAUCAACUGUAACGCAAGAGAUUACAACAGAAGAGCAGCCUACUACAGUAACGGACUCUCCAUCUACUGGAACGCAAGAGAUAACAACAGAAGAGCAGCCUACUACAGUAACGGACUCUCCAUCUACUGUAACGCAAGAGAUUACAACAGAACAGCAGUCUACUACAGUAACGGACUCUCCAUCUACUGUAACGCAAGAGAUUACAACAGAAGAGCAGCCUACUACAGUAACGGACUCUCCAUCUACUGAAACGCAGGAGGUUACAACAGAAGAGCAGCCUACUACAGUAACGGACUCUCCAUCUACUGUAACGCAAGAGAUUACAACAGAAGAGCAGCCUACUACAGUAACGGACUCCCCAUCAACUGUAACGCAAGAGAUUACAACAGAAGAGCAGCCUACUACAGUAACGGACUCUCCAUCUACUGGAACGCAAGAGAUUACAACAGAACAGCAGCCUACUACAGUAACGGACUCUCCAUCUACUGUAACGCAGGAGAUUACAACAGAACAGCAGCCUACUACAGUAACGGACUCUCCAUCUACUGUAACGCAAGAGAUUACAACAGAAGAGCAGCCUACUACAGUAACGGACUCUCCGUCUACUGAAACGCAGGAGGUUACAACAGAAGAGCAGCCUACUACAGUAACGGACUCUCCAUCUACUGUAACGCAAGAGAUUACAACAGAAGAGCAGCCUACUACAGUAACGGAUUCCCCAUCUACUAUAACGCAAGAGAUUACAACAGAAGAGCAGCCUACUACAAUAACGGACUCCCCAUCUACUGUAACGCAAGAGAUAACAACAGAAGAGCAGUCUACUACAGCAACCGACUCUCAAUCAACUGUAACGCAAGAGAUUACAACAGAAGAGCAGUCUACUACAGUAACGGAUUCCCCAUCUACUGUAACGCAAGAGAUUACAACAGAAGAGCAGCCUACUACAGUAACGGACUCUCCGUCUACUGUAACGCAGGAGGUUACAACAGAAGAGCAGCCUACUACAGUAACGGACUCCCCAUCUACUGUAACGCAAGAGAUUACGACAGAAGAGCAGCCUACUACAGUAACGGACUCUCCGUCUACUAUAACGCAGGAGGUAACAACAGAAGAGCAGCCUACUACAGUAACGGACUCUUCAUCUACUGUAACGCAAGAGAUUACAACAGAAGAGCAGCCUACUACAGUAACGGACUCCCCAUCAACUGUAACGCAGGAGGUUACAACAGAAGAGCAGUCUACUACAGCAACCGACUCUCAAUCAACUGUAACGCAAGAGAUUACAACAGAACAGCAGCCUACUACAGUAACGGACUCCCCAUCUACUGUAACGCAAGAGAUUACAACAGAACAGCAGCCUACUACAGUAACGGACUCUCCAUCUACUGUAACGCAAGAGAUUACAACAGAAGAGAAGCCUACUACAGUAACGGACUCUCCAUCUACUGUAACACAAGAGAUUACAACAGAAGAGCAGUCUACUACAGCAACCGACUCUCAAUCAACUGUAACGCAAGAGAUUACAACAGAAGAGCAGCCUACUACAGUAACGGACUCUCUGUCUACUGUAACACAAGAGAUUACAACAGAAGAGCAUCCUACUACAGUAACGGACUCUCCAUCUACUGUAACGCAAGAGAUAACAACAGAAGAGCAGUCUACUACAGCAACCGACUCUCAAUCAACUGUAACGCAAGAGAUUACAACAGAAGAGCAGCCUACUACAGUAACGGACUCUCCGUCUACUGUAACGCAAGAGAUUACAACAGAAGAGAAGCCUACUACAGUAACGGACUCUCCAUCUACUGUAACGCAAGAGAUUACAACAGAAGAGCAGCCUACUACAGUAACAGAUUCUCCAUCUACUGUAACGCAAGAGAUUACAACAGAAGAGCAGCCUACUACAGUAACGGACUCUCCAUCUACUGUAACGCAGGAGGUUACAACAGAAGAGAAGCCUACUACAGUAACGGACUCUCCAUCUACUGUAACGCAAGAGAUUACAACAGAAGAGCAGCCUACUACAAUCACGGACUCCCCAUCUACUGUAACGCAAGAGAUAACAACAGAAGAGCAGUCUACUACAGCAACCGACUCUCAAUCAACUGUAACGCAAGAGAUUACAACAGAAGAGCAGUCUACUACAGUAACGGAUUCCCCAUCUACUGUAACGCAAGAGAUUACAACAGAAGAGCAGCCUACUACAGUAACGGACUCUCCAUCUACUGUAACGCAAGAGAUUACAACAGAACAGCAGUCUACUACAGUAACGGACUCUCCGUCUACUGUAACGCAGGAGGAUACAACAGAAGAGCAGCCUACUACAGUAACGGACUCCUCAUCUACUGUAACGCAAGAGAUUACGACAGAAGAGCAGCCUACUACAGUAACGGACUCUCCGUCUACUGUAACGCAGGAGGUAACAACAGAAGAGCAGCCUACUACAGUAACGGACUCUUCAUCUACUGUAACGCAAGAGAUUACAACAGAAGAGCAGCCUACUACAGUAACGGACUCCCCAUCAACUGUAACGCAAGAGAUUACAACAGAAGAGCAGCCUACUACAGUAACAGAUUCUCCAUCAACUGUAACGCAAGAGAUUACAACAGAAGAGCAGCCUACUACAGUAACGGACUCCCCAUCAACUGUAACGCAGGAGAUUACAACAGAAGAGCAUCCUACUACAGUAACGGACUCUCCAUCUACUGUAACGCAGGAGGUAACAACAGAGGAGCAACCUACUACAAUCACACAGAGCCUUUCAACAACAACAACGGAUGUUUCUACUGUAACGGAGAGUUCUUCAACACAUACAGCUACAGAAUCAUCUACUUACUCUUCAGUGUAUAGCACUACAACGAAUGCAAUCACUUCAACAACGGCUGCAACUCCGCAACCGUCCCUCGCAGAGCAGGUUAUUGUUGCCGUAGGCAAAGCAAUCGCUGUCGUUGACAGUUUGUUACAAAUAUUUUUUAACUUUGUUCAACAGAAUUAAUGAACAUUGGUCGUAAAUUUUGGAUAAUCUUCUAUAGCAUUACUCUUGCAUUAGACUUCAAAGAAUAACAUAUGUGGGACUUCCUCGUUAGGUGUACAAAUACAUAGUUGCCUUUCUGAAACGUCAUUAACGUCAUCCCAAUACCACUUCAACAAUGAUAUAACUGAUAUGAAUAAAUGUACAUAUUAUUAAAA